GAGCUCGGUCCAUGUGACACCGGAAGCGGCUGCAGAGGGAGGCGAAUCCCACUCAAACCAGCUCCUCUAGUAUCUUUGACUCAAACAGUGUGCAGAGAGGAGACAUGGCUGAUGUCUUUUCGGAUGAGGAUGAAGAGGAAUGUCCUAAGCUGGUUCCAAUUGAAAUAAAUCCUAAUACAGGCAGUGCACGGAUUCCAGUAACAAUCAUAACUGGAUACUUAGGUGCUGGUAAAACAACACUUCUGAAUUACAUUCUAACAGAACAGCAUAAUAAGAGAAUUGCUGUAAUCCUUAAUGAGUUUGGUGAAGGGAGUGCAGUGGAGAAAUCUUUGGCAGUAAGCCAUGCAGGAGAACUUUAUGAGGAGUGGUUGGAACUACGGAAUGGAUGCCUUUGCUGUUCUGUGAAGGACAACGGUUUGAAGGCUAUUGAAAACCUCAUGCAGAAAAAGGGCAAGUUUGACUACAUUCUGCUGGAAACCACGGGGUUGGCUGAUCCAGGUGCCGUAUCCACCAUGUUUUGGGUUGAUGCAGAAUUAGGAAGUGAUGUUUACCUUGAUGGUAUUAUUUCAGUUGUUGAUGCAAAGUAUGGAAUGCAGCACCUGACCGAAGAGAAACCAGAAGGCCUGGUUAAUGAAGCAGCCAGGCAGAUAGCCCUUGGAGACCUCAUUAUCAUUAAUAAAACUGACCUGGUUCAGCAUGAGGAGCUGAUUAACCUGAAAAUGGCUAUAAGGUCAAUCAAUGGACUUGCAAAAUUAAUUGAAACACAAAGAUCAAGAGUUGAACUUUCACAAGUACUUGAUUUGCAUGCUUUUGAUAGCCUAGCCAGUGAAAGUUUGCAGGAAAGAUUAUGCCUUGCACAGGUGUCUGAGCCUCACCUUGAUAAGAGUAUUAUUACUGUUACAUUUGAAAUACCUGGCACCAUUUUUGAAGAGGAUUUAAACAUAUACCUUCAGAAUCUGUUGUGGGAAAAACUUUUGAAGAAUAAGUCGGGCAACACAAUGGAAAUAAUACGAUUAAAGGGUAUUGUGUCUAUAAGUGAAAAGCCACAGCAGAUGAUUGUCCAAGGUGUUCAUGAACUUUACGAGAUAGAAGAAACUUCUAUUAACUGGACGUCAGAAAAUGAAAGAAUCAACAGAUUUGUAUUUAUAGGAAGAAACUUGGAUAAAGAAAUCCUUGAGGAAGCGUUUGCUUCAACUGCAUUGAAGGAAGGAAUGUCCAGCUGAAGCUUUGAAACUUAAAAGACUGAUGUAAUUUAUCUGAAGUUCAGUGUUUUCUUAGUGGCGAUUAAAUUUAUUUCCCUUCUCUCCUUGUAGACAGUUUAUUAGUACCAACCUGCUGCUCCUGAGGGGAAAGAUCCAAGUUGAAUGUAGACCUCAUUUAAGUUCCAGCUAAAGAGAUGCAGUACACAUUACUGACUAAUUUCCACAGCAUCCCUGGCAGAAAGGAGAGAACAUGUGCUCUUUUAGUAUAAUCUGCUUGGAAACUGAUGGCGUUACCAGAGAAACAAGUGAACUUCAGUCAUUCAAUGAAGGCCUCUGAUGGAGAGCUUUUACCACCUGGUUGAGUUAUUUAUACUGUAUUCUUAUGGCAUUCAUUCUCAAACUGUGUUUGGUGAUGUUUCUUGCAUGAGAGGUUAGCAAAGGGGAUUGAAACAUACUCUUGUUUUGAUUGGAAGUUGUUGUUAUUCCCCCCCCCCCCCCCCCUCCCUUCCCCCAGGUCUGAUGUAGCACAUCUAAGUGGCACGAUAACUUAACACAGAUACUUUUUCCACCAGUGCACAUGGAGAUGCUGGGCCCAAUCAUAACACCACAGAGAAGAGGCAUGUGAGCUGGAUAUCAGUCCCUGGUUCCAAAACCCCAGCAGUGUGCACCCGUCUUCAGUCUUAAUCGUAAUGCACAGUUGAGAGAUCUUUUCAUUUGUCAUCAGCCAUCAUGCAGGUUUUCACUGAAGUUGCAAAAAAGAUCCAUCUGCACAGUGGCAGCAUGACCACUAGGAAUCACAAUGUGAUAAAUGUAAUUUGUUUUGCAGAAGUUUAUUUCAAACAUUACUCGGAAGCAAAAGGGCACAAAGUAAUGGAGUAAUUCAGCAGGUCAGGCAGCAUCUCUGGAGAACAUGGAUAGAUUACAUUUUGGAUCAGGACCCUUCUUUGGAAAGGUCAUGAGAUCAUAGGUGAUAGGAGUAGAAUUAGGCCAUUCGGCCCAUCAAGUCUACACCGCCAUUCAAUCAGAAGAUAAAAUCUGCAAAGCAGGCAUACCAUGAGGAGUUUUCACAGCAGAUCAGUAAAAUGGAGUAACAAGGAACCGCAGAUGCUGGUUCACAGAAAAAGCCAAAGUGUUGGAGUAACUCGGAGGAAUCUCCUCAAGAUAUGCCUACUUUGAAGAAGUUAUCCUCCUCUGAAGAAAAAUCCCGACCAGAAACACCACCUAACUGUGUUCUCCGAAGAUGCUACCUGAUCCACUGAGUUACUCCAGCACUUUCUCUUUUUUUGUAAACCUGCAUCUGCAGUUUUGUGAUUAGAAGAAAUGUUAUUGCUCUAAGUUGUCUGAUUUUCUUGCCAUCUCUUUUCAUCCCAAAUCACUGAAAGAUGGUCAUCUGAUUGCUGAAGUACAGUGGGUGGCUGCUAUUUAUUUUCAUUUCUUCCAUUAGAAGGUCCUUAUAUGAAGCACAAUCUAAUUGAUCACUGUAAGCAUACCAUUAUGCUCUGCUCAUUCCCAACAUCUAUAACUUGCUGUGUUAACAGGUUACUAAAUAACUGUAUGUACAGAAAAGCAGCAAAUGUUCUGUUCCUGAGUUCAGACCAAUCCUAACACUCUCCAACUGACUGGUCCCAAAUGGAUAUUUUUAUUUGUCUUCCAGAAUUGAAAGGCUAAUGCCUGGCAUAUCUGUGAAGUUGUAAGAAAACACUGAUAUUAUGCAUUACUUUAUCAGGAUCCUUGACUAAAUUCAACAAUUAAAUACAUGAUCCAUGUCUAAUCUGCUGAAGUCUUGAGAAUUCAGUCGGUUAUGCCGCAAAGUUCGAACAUGAUACUUUUUGAAAUUGAAUGUGAGAUGCUUGGCUCUAUUUAUGUGAUGCUUCAGGUGCUCAACUGAUCUAUUGUAGGGCUGAGCAACUGUUAUGCAAGGUUCUGCAGGGCUGGAUGCAAUUUGCCUUUCUGAUCAAGUGGCGGAUUUUACUCCCAAUGCCUGUUGCAAGAACACUGCCUAUCAUUUAUUUAAUUCUCUUGUAAACCCAUCAUUUCUGAACAAAUUUGCUAGCUUGAGGACUGUGUGAAAGCAUAUUUUUGUGAAGGCACUUGAGAAUGGACGGGCUCAAGAUUAUCUUCCUACUACAUUUUUUUCCAACAGAUAAUGUGUUGUCAGUGAUCUCUCAAUAUUUCAUUAUGUGUACUGAAGCAGCCAGUAAUUAUAGCCUGAAAUUCUCUAUGGGAAGGUACUGCUAAUAUAUGAGCAAAUUGCAAACUCAUUGUUUGUAAUAUUCUGUACUUGGAAGCGAGGUACAAGAAGUUUAUUUUAGCCUUUUACUAAAAGAAAAAUCCUAUCUGGGUGUAGAAUUGUAAAUGAUAAAGAAUGACAAUUAAAUUGUAGGAUUAUUCAUUAUUAA